AUGGCCAUGCAAAGCCAAACAGCAAAUUCGCGAUCGCGCGAGGUGAUUUCAAUCCAUGUCGGACAAGCUGGAGUUCAGAUGGGCAAUGCCUGCUGGGAGCUGUAUUGUUUGGAACAUGGUAUCCAGCCGGAUGGCAUUAUGCCUGAAGACGACUCUCUUGGUAUCGAAGAUGACUCAUACAAUACAUUCUUCGCUGAAACAAUGUCUGGCAAGCAUGUGCCAAGGGCUAUAAUGAUCGACUUGGAACCAACACCAAUUGGUAUGCAAUUUACUUGUCAAUUUCCCCACCAAGUAACUAUAUGCGGGCGAAAUUGCCUCAAUUAA